AACACGCUGGGGCCGGGUGUGUUCGCCCAGGGCUGGCCAGCCGUUCCCAGGGAAAUCUCUGCCGGUGCUAAUGGAGCCCUUAUCAGCUUGUUUCCGCCCUCCUUAAUUGCAGAGUUAUUCGCUGCUGCUUCUAAUGUGUGCUUGCUUGCAAGAUCUCUUGUUACGUAUAUGCACUGUCUUCUGCUUUGCAGGAUGAGCUUCCCAUGCUCUCACCCAGGGCGAACGCUGUAUAAUCAAAGGCUUUAUGGCCUGAGCUGCCCCACAGGUUGAAAUCAAGAAUCCAAGGGCUCUUCUCCUGUUCCUGGGUUGGCCUAGAUAGGCCUUUCAUAGCUUCCAACAUUUCUCUGAUCCUGAAUGGACAUGGAGACGCCCCUGGAGAAAGCCCUGGCGACACUCGUGUACACCUUCCACAAAUAUUCAGGGAAAGAAGGGGAUAAGUUCACCCUGAGCAAGGGAGAGCUAAAGGAGCUGGUGAAGAAGGAGUUGGCACUCGGAGAGAAGAUGAAGGAAGGCGGAAUUGACAAGCUGAUGGGGACCCUGGACAAGAACAAGGAUGAUGAGAUUGACUUCAAGGAGUACACGGGCUUCCUGUCGGCCCUCUGCAUGACCUACAACGAUUUCUUCCAGCAGGAUUCAAAAUAAAGGAGCGGGUGGGGUAAAUCUCCAGCACUUGGUGCCCUGCAUCACCCAGAGCCCAUGCGGCAACUUUAAAUAAAGGCCUCAACCUCCAGAAACUGGUUCAGCCUUUUAG